UUCACAGUUAUUUUUUUUUAACUCCGGCUUUCGGAAUGAGGAAAUGGGCAGCAGCCUCAUGUUCCAAGAAUACGGGGCGCGGCGGGCUAUUCUGAGCCUUAAUGCAGACGAUGUCUCCUCGUUUUGCAAAGAGAGUCUUUUGAUCUUGUCGCUAGUUUGGACGAGAAGGAAGUUCAGAAAUGCUGCCAAAGAUGAAGGAGAAAGGUGAUUUCAUUCCUCACUACGUCCAACGACCUCACUUGCGAAGGAAGCCUUCGCCUCUUACGAUCGUCUUGUCCAUCUUACUCGGCCUGAACGGAAUACACUACCUGUGGACAUGGGGUCGACCUCACUCAGGCCACAUAAACCAACCCGGUGGUAUUACACCAUCGUUGUCACAAAUCUCCUAUAUCGUGAAGGCGUUGUACGAGCCACUCCUUGUGUCUGUCACUGCCGAUGAGAUUACCACUGAGGAUCAACACAAACAUACCUUGGAAAAGAUUAAGCCGUGGACCACUCCGUCAAACUCGCGCCUUUGCAUUCUUGACAUUGAGACGGAUAGACAAAAGCCUCGAGCUUCCGAGAGAAUCUGGAGAAGUCCCCCAACUGUCCAUCCUGGUACCUUAAAUCACUAUAUCUAUGCACGUAUACACGGAUAUUCAUACAAAUCUGGCGAUGGGUCGAUGUUCAUGCAAAGCUCGAGCGACCUGGAACGCGUUCUUUUCAAGGUGGAAGAGCUCUUUAGAGAGCAGUGCCAGACAGUUGUCCUCGUUGACGCAGCACUCGGCUUUUCUGAAAUGAACUUGCCUAUAGAAUGGCUGUUCAACCGAUGGGAAGUGACGAAAGAGACGCCAUUCGCAUUUGCGUACAAUCCUGAGCAGAGGGAGACAAGGUUUCCCGGUCUGAUGAUUAUCCAGAAUGUUGCAAAUGGAGAAGGUCUCGCUGCGGCCCGGAAUUGUCUCGACACCAACGGGCAAGACAUCGGAUGUAGAAAGGUCGUCAAUAUCCUGCAACCGGAUAUUCCACUGUGCACAAGAGGAUAUGACUGCGUUGGCACAUUCAUGCGCUAUAGUUGGACUAGCAGCGAUCUCGAGCAUGUGGUCUUUGGUGGCGGCGUUGUCAAAGAUCUAGUUGGUAGGCUUUCUAAGGAGUACUCUGACGUUUUCAAUCUGAACGAAAAGAAGAAAAAGGCUAGACCGACCAGAAGACGACUUGACGACGAAUUGGACUUAUUACCACUGAUUGAGAAUCAUGGCACAGAUAGAUCAUGAGCGAACGAACGAGUUGGGUAUUGCCCGUCGGCAUACGAUAUUCAGUCAAGAGUAACGAGUUCGUUUCCGAAAAAGACGCUUGUCGCUGGGAAUUAUCGAUCCACCAUGCGGAGACAUGUGUAAAAGGCCCACAUUCAACGUGUUUCCUCGACAUAAUCUUUGGGUGCUGGCAUUUUGGGCGGGACGAGAGAAUGCUUUCACAACUGAUAAAAGACGAUAUAGUCCUUCGAUAACCAAAGAUCCUCUUCUGUCUCAACUGUCAACCACGGCGGGUGAAUGUUUCACUAUCGUGGCAAUGUAAUGGAAGACCGCAUGGAAAAAGUGAAGAUCACUGGGAAUGCGGUGAAUCGUGGUCGACCAGAAGAUACAUCUUGUGGUCUAUCCUUAUUCAUCAGCUGUAAUGGGUGAGGCAGGAUCCAAAUAGCGACUUGCCCGUCUAUCCUUGUGCUGCUUGGUAUAGCUGAGGAGAUUUCCACGAACGCGCGUUUCUAUUCCUACGUUUCUGCAAUCUCAUUAUAUUGAAUUUAAAGGAAGAUGCACGUAGAACUAAAACGUUCCACGUGCUUUCAGAUAGAACAUGGAACACAUUCUGUUCCACAUAUAGGCGUGGUUGAAAGACGAAGUCCAAAUGAUGGUUUAGUUGUUGCCACAUCAUUGCCUCAUUUGCAGCCAAAGCUCAAAUAGGGGAGCGGGUUAGUUAUGUCGGACAAAUGCCGCAUUGGGACUUGGUCUCGUUCACUGCAGCCAAGAGCAGGAGAUUCUGCAUAUGUCACGAUAUUACGAAGUAUUUGCAGUCCCAAU